AUGGCUCGCUUGAAAGGCGCCCCUAGAAUCAUGUUCGGGUCCAUUUGGUCUUUACGGGCUAAAUCUCGUCACGAAACGAACAGUUAUGAAGAAAUCUGGCUAGAACGGAGCCUGCCAGUGGUCCAGAAAUUCUGGGCUGCGGCCCACCUGGACCGAAUUACAAAGUCAGCUACGAACUCUAAUACGUUACCUCAUCCCAAUCAUUGGUUUGAAAAAAUAGAUGUGACUAAGCUCGAGAAACACUGGCCCGACAAUGUUCGUAUGAUCACAAACUUCGUCUCGCAUACAUACUGCGGCCGAUACGUGUCGUUUCGCAUCGUCUCGUCAUCUUCAAACUCGGCCCACCGUGUCGCCGGAGGGAAAGAAAGACAUGAUUGGGUGGAGAUGUCAAACAAAAAAUCGGAUUCGCGAAGCGCUCUCGUUAUGUUCGAGCUCGAAGUAUAUAACGGUGGGGCGCUUGAAGUAAUUCUCUUGGCGCCGGACUGCGUUUCAUACGACGCGAUGAUACCUGCAACAGCUCCAGAAUGCCACAUGUGCGAUGCCAAAUACAGAUAUGCGUUGAAGGCAUUGGAACGCUCUAGAUGUUUGAAGAGGGCCUGCAAGCGACGUGUUUGUCAAUUAACAGCUCUCUGCCGGUUGGCCGAUCCAAGAUGCUCUGAUGGGCUGCUGGCACGGCCAGCCGAAUAUCUCCCUCGACCUUUCCAUCCGCGUCUGCAAUUCGAGUCCGUAUAUUACUUCACGACCACCAACAGUCACAAUGCGGAAUGUCGUUAUAACGUGGUCAUUGCCAAGAUCAAUGGCAGAAGAAACCUUGACCUUCAUGCCGACCUCCCGUUCGAUCAUGCUUGGCGGUGA